AUGGUUCCUCGCGGCCUAUCGAACGGCGAGCUGAGCGCGCAGGGAAGCGACCGAUCUCAGUUCCCUGCCUGGCUGCAGCAAACCCAGGCCGCCACCUACACGAUCCCUUGGGAUCUUGUCAGGACGAGAGGGGUGCGGCCUCUGGAUCUGGUCACUCGUGGCGAUACAAUCGUGUUCAAGUGGACGGACCUGGCAUGGCAUGAUCUGUGGGUAAUGGACGAUGAGAAAGCGUUCAAGAAUUGUGACUUCACUCGGGCAAAGCGCCUCCGACCGCUUGGUGUUGGCGGGCAGUACACGUACAAGGUGACUGCCAUCUGGGAGACUUUUCCGCUCUAUUUCGCCUCGAGUGGCAUCCUGCAGUGCCGCUACUACAAGGUGAAGCUGUCAGUCGUGGAGCGGGAGAAGGAGCGGCGGAGGCAGCAAGCGCUGCGGCAGGCGGCGAGACGAGCGCGGACGCCGCCAACCACCGCAAGCGGUGCUGGCGGCGCCAGUGGUGGCAGCGGGGAGAGCGGGAAGGAGGGCGAGGGGGCGGUGAAGGGGGGACUGCUGAUGGGACUGGCGGAGGCCAUCGAGGACGCGUUUGGCGCUACCAGCGAGGGGCGAGGCGAGGUUGACAAGCUGGAUAUCAGCAAGCUCCGCACCUGCUUCUCCUACACGGAUUUCUGGCCCACAGACUCCCGUCCCUACGGCUCAGGCGCACUGUUCACUGGGAACCUGCGGGCUGCUGACGUGGCGGACGCGCGGGAGAGGCUGGAGACAAAGCUGGCCGAGGGUGCUGGUUGCCCUGUGGCGGUUUUCUUCCUGAAAGACGAGCGGCGAGAGAAGGAGGUGUGCAUAGUGCAACCAGUAUCAUCCAUCGAUCGCCGUCUCACGCUCACCACUCUCACCGGUCUCUCCCGCUGGCCGCUCAUGCUGCUCUCGCUCCUGGGCUGCCUCGCCACCACUGCCACUGUCUCUGGUGUCAAUCUCGACCCCUAUAAAGUUGGGCUUGGGGAGUCAGCUCACCACGCCCUCCCUUUAACCCUCGGCCUUGCCACAGUCAUCGGUGUGGGAGAGAUCUUCCAACGGAUCAUGGCAGGGCGAUACGGGGUAAAGCUCUCCCCGCCCUACCUCCUUCCCGGCCCCCUGGGCUGCCACGGCACUGCCACUCGCUUCGAGUCCCUCCUGCCCUCCUCCCGGGCGCUGUUCGACAUGUGUGCAGCCAAGGCGGUGGGGUCAUUCAUGACGUCAUUCGUUCUGGCAUGUGUGGCGCUGGCAGCUGAUGGGGGCGUGGAUGGGGGCAUCGACCCCAUGUACAUCGAGCCGUCUUUCUUCGCUCCCAACCUCCUCCUCUCCUUCAUUCAGAACGUCAUCGGCCCAUACUCUGACGACCUGGGCAACGUCAUGCCCAACGCUGUGGAGGGGCUGGGCGUACCAGUGAACCCACUGGCGUUUGCCGGCCUGCUGGGGUUUGUCAUUACGGCACUGAAUCUUCUGCCUGCUGGGCAGUUGGAUGGAGGACACAUGGUGCAGGCCCUAUUCGGCAGGCGCAAGGCCAAGAUAACAACACUUAUCACUCUAGCCCUGCUAGCCUUAGGAGGUUUCUCAGGCAGUGUGCUGUGCCUCUUCUGGGCUUUCAUCAUCCUCGCCUUCCGCAACAGUGAGGAGCUCCCAUCGCUGGACGAGAUCUCGCCACUUGGCAGAGGCCGAUUCGUGCUCGCGUGGAUGCUGCUGAAUGGCAGUCUACUGCUGCUGCUGCCCAAGAGUGGUGGCACAUUCCCCUCGUUCCUACCCACGGACUUCUAG